AUGCCUCCCAAGAAGCAGGUCGUCGAGGAGAAGAUCCUCCUUGGCCGUCCCGGCAACAACCUGAAGAGCGGCAUUGUUGGACUGGCCAACGUCGGCAAGUCCACGCUCUUCCAGGCCAUCACCAAGUGCAACCUUGGUAACCCUGCCAACUUCCCCUAUGCCACCAUCGACCCCGAGGAGGCCCGCGUCAUCGUCCCUGAUGAGCGCUUCGACUGGCUUUGCGAGAAGUACAACCCCAAGUCGCGCGUUCCCGCCAACUUGACUGUCUACGAUAUCGCCGGUCUCACCCGCGGUGCCUCCACCGGUGCCGGUCUCGGCAACGCUUUCUUGUCCCACAUCCGCGCCGUCGAUGCCAUCUUCCAGGUCGUCCGUGCUUUCGAUGAUGCCGAGAUUAUCCACGUCGAGGGUGAUGUCAACCCCACCCGUGAUCUUGACAUCAUCAGCGAGGAGCUUCGUCUCAAGGAUAUCGAGUUCGUCGAGAAGGCCCUUGAGAACCAGAAGAAAAAGACCCGCCAGGGCGGUCAGUCUCUUCAGAUGAAGCAGUGGAAGGAGGAAGAGGCCACUAUCGAGAAGAUCUUGGCCCACCUCAAGGACGGCAAGGAGAUCGAGGUCAUCAACCCUCUCUUCCUUCUGACUGCCAAGCCCGUCGUCUACCUCGUCAACCUCUCCGAGCGCGACUACAUCCGCAAGAAGAACAAGCAUCUUCCCGCGAUUGCCGCCUGGAUCAACGAGCACGCCAAGGGUGAUCCCAUCAUCCCCCUCUCUGUCUCCUUCGAGGAGCGCCUCACCCGCUUCGAGACCGAGGCCGAGGCUGCCGAGGAGUGCAAGAAGGUUGGCGCUGAGUCCGCUCUGCCCAAGAUCAUCAUCCAGAUGCGCAAGGCCCUUAACCUCGGCUCUUUCUUCACCACUGGUCCCGAUGAGGUCCGCCAGUGGACCAUCCGUAACGGCACCAAGGCUCCCCAGGCCGCCGGUGUCAUUCACACUGAUUUCGAGAAGACCUUCAUCCAGGCUGUCGUCUACAACUACAACGUCCUCCGCGAGCUCGGUGGUGACGAAGCCGAGGUCAAGGCCAAGGGCAAGGUCAUGACCAAGGGCAAGGAUUACGUUGUUGAGGAUGGUGAUAUCAUCCUCUUCAAGGCCGGUGCCGCCAAGAGCUAA